AUAUAUAAAUUAAGGUACAUAGCUCAAAAUUUUGUGCCACACACCAACCCAAGUGCCAAAAUGAAAGCCCAUUUGGUCCUUUUCUUGCUCAUGAUUCUUGUCACCUUCACUAGCAAUGUUAACACUCUCUCGAUUAAUCCCAAAUCUAACUCUUCAAUUCCUCAAUUGACCCAACAGAAAAGGCCUGACAAUGAGACCAUAUAUAGGGUGUCAAAGCAGCUAUGUUGGGGUUGCAUUGCGGAGUCACUAGAGUUUUUGUUCAGGCACAACUUGGUGAGAGCAGCCAAGUGGGAACUUCCACUGAUGUGGGACUUCCAGCUGGAGCAAUACGCGAGGUGGUGGGCUGGUCAAAGGAAAGCAGAUUGCAAGCUCGAACAUUCUUUCCCAGAAGAUGGUUUCAAGCUUGGAGAGAACAUUUAUUGGGGUAGUGGCUCAGCGUGGACGCCAAGUGAUGCUGUAAGAGCAUGGGCUGAUGAAGAGAAAUACUACACCUACGCCACUAAUACCUGUGUGCCAGGUCAGAUGUGUGGCCAUUACACUCAAAUAGUAUGGAAGAGCACCCGAAGAAUUGGAUGUGCUCGGGUUGUAUGUGAUGAUGGAGAUGUCUUCAUGACUUGUAAUUAUGACCCUGUGGGCAAUUAUGUUGGAGAGCGACCCUAUUAGAUUCUUAUAAACUAUGUGUGCAUUAAUUCAUGUGGAUAGAUUGAAACUCUAGUAUUACAUAAUAUGUAGUGCUAGCUUAUGUGAGUGUCAUGAAUUUACUAGCUAGUUUAGUUUAGCAGUGAGUAUGUGCGAGUGUAUGUAUAUAGUACUUGUGGGAGAAUAUGGGAUUGGUUUUAAUAAUUACCUAGUACUUGGAACAAUAAAUAAAAGUACCAAGAAGUAAUUAAAGGGUACCAGUAGUUGGAGAUCUGUUGCCUGAGGUUAAACUUUGAGUCAAGUGAAAUAAAAUAUUUAUCCUCCCAUGUGAAAUGUAUCUGAUUGUCAACUAUGCCAGCUUGAAUUGUCUGAUAUGCAUGGAGUUAUUUGACUUG